CAGUAACGGCUAUCCUGCAUGAUCCGUCAUCACUAAAUCAACUGCUGUUUUUGAGAACACCUCAGAGCUCUUACUUCAGCAUGGAGGAAAGUUUUCAAGAAAACAGUUCCACACCAUAUGAUUAUUUUAAUGAAAGUUAUGAUGACGAUUUGUGCCACAAAACUGAAGUGAUACAGUUUGGAACAGUUGUCACCCCGGUCUUUUUUGUGCUGGUCACCAUGUUCAGCUGUGUGGGCAAUGCAUUGGUCCUGGGGGUUCUUAUUAAAUAUGAAAAUCUGAAAUCCCUGACCAAUGCAUUCCUGUUAAACCUGGCCAUCUCAGACAUGAUCUUUACCUUUGGCCUACCCUUCUGGGCCACCGACCUCAUCUUGGGCUGGACGUUUGGAGAAGCUGUCUGCAAAUCAGUGAGCUUCGUCUUCUACCUGGGCUACUACAGCAGCCUCAUCUUUCUCACAGUUAUGACCGUGUAUCGCUACAUAGCCGUGGUGCACCCACUGUCUAUGCUCUUGAACAGCACCACAUACUAUUCCAUCGCGAUUUCUGCAUUCAUCUGGUUCUUGAGCCUCUGUGCUGCAACCCCUAAUUUCAUCUUCAGUACCGUCCUGAAACAUGAUGAUCCUGAAGUAAGUAGAGCUUACUGCGAUUAUGGCAACAUCACAUGGAAGCAGAUUAUUAUUUACCUGCAAAACAUCUUCUUCCUCAUUGCUUUCUUCACCAUUGCAUUCUGCUACUUCCGAAUUCUCGGGCGCCUGCUCAGACCCACAUCACACACCCGUCCCAAGACUGUGAAGCUCAUCCUCUGCAUUGUGCUGGCAUUUUACUUGGGUUGGGCACCGUACAAUGUGGCCAUGUUCCUCAAUUCUCUGAUAUCUUGGGGAAUCUCGCCGUUCAACGACUGUUAUGUCAGCACCAGGGUGGAUUAUGUUUAUCACGUGUCCCGACUGGUGGCGUUCUCCCACUGCUGCCUAAAUCCAGUUUUUUACGUCUUCAUGGGGAUCAAGUUCAGAGAUCACCUAAAGAAAUUGCUGAGGAAUUUGUGCAAGAAAGAUGAUCAACCUCUUGAUAGACGUCAAAGCCAUCUGAUUUACUCGAAUGGGGAGGAAAUUUCCAUGUACUAGCUGAUUUGCAGCAGUUCCUUUAUAGUAGGAAAGUACAUGCGAGCUUUAAACUUAUCCUUAAAUAUUUUAUAUUUGUAAAUAGUUUCUUGAUUUCCUAUUCUGCAUUUGUUCAAUAUAUCAGAGUAUCAUCAAAAAUGAGUUUGUUUUCAUAAA